AUGUCUGACCCGUCAUCUCGUCCCAAAGCAUGGCCCAUGGCUAAUGCCCAGCUCAACGACCAGAUCCUCGAUGUGGUUGAGAGAGCUUCACAAUUCAAGCAGCUCAAGAAGGGUGCUAACGAAGCCACCAAGACUCUCAAUCGAGGUAUCUCAGAGGUCAUCAUCCUGACGGCUGAUACGGAGCCUCUGGAGAUCUUGCUUCACCUGCCUCUGCUGUGCGAGGAGAAGAACGUCCCCUACGUCUUCGUGGCAUCGAAGGCGGCUCUGGGUCGUGCCUGCGGUGUUUCGAGGCCUGUGAUCGCUGCUAGCAUCACGACGAACGAAAACAAGGAACUUUCAAGCCAAAUCCAGACAAUCAAGCUGGCUAUCGACAAGCUGAUGGUUUAG